ACUCUGUCAACAGUAUUCCCUAGAUGGAUUUCCCAACCCCAGCGCACUUUCGUUGAUAUAAACCGUUUAACCACAUGAUUAAUAACUUUUUGUGCGAUUUGACCAUUCACCAAAAAAAAUCCCGCCGUCUCCAAGGUUAACUUCAUAUGCCUUGACCCGUAAAAAGAACUGGGAUUUCCUGCCAACGUUUAUUCACAACUAAAAUGUACAUAAAGAUACUGUUCAUUGUGCAAGUUUUCCUCGGUUUCGACGUUGCCGAGCAGUGCCAAGUGAUAACGUUUCGAAAAAAUCCCGUGCUCGUGGUAGAAGUGACAUCAUCAAAAUACCAAAUUGUGACAGGAUGCAUUUCACCCAAACGCGUAAUCUACAACCCCACCACACUGAAAGAGAUUAAGGUUAUCGCCCAGAACCUCGGUGAUUUGAAUGAAGGUGCCGUUGAGAACAUACCGGAACAAUUUCAACUAUGGUUCAAUAUGAACAACAUCUCGACCAUAAAGUCGGAUGCGUUUCGAAAUUUAGACGCCUUGGAGACCAUCUACAUGGAUCAAAAUGACAUACGCACAAUCGAGACGAACGCCUUCGACAGUCUACCAUCUUUACAGGUUAUCAACUUAGAGAAAAACAAGAUAGAGAUAAUAAUGCAACAUGCUUUCGCCAACCUUCCCAAUUUCACAAUGCUCUCUUUGGACGAUAACAAAUUGAAGAGCUUUCAGCAAGACUGGUUCCUCAACACUCCUGAGUUGCAGACACUGUUCAUUAACAAUAACUUAAUUAGCGCUAUCCAAAGAGCCGCUUUUGUCUCGUUUCCGGCUUUGCAGUACUUAACAAUGGCGGGUAACAAAAUUAACCACGUUCACAGCGAUGCGUUUAUGGGCCUCGACAAUUUACUAGAGCUCUCUUUGGAAGAAAAUCGUUUGAAAGAGAUCGAGGUGGAUUUUACGGUAACGCCGAACCUUCGGCAUAUAGAUUUCAGUAAGAACGCGCUCAAUUAUCUUCCAGAUAAAAUGUUCAGUGAUUUGCAACAUUGCCUCAAAAGCAUUUGGAUCUUUGCGAAUCCGUGGCAGUGCCCUUGCUUGGAUAGUUUCAUAGAAUGGGGCGCCAACUACAAUAUUAACAUUAGGUGGAAGUGUAAUAACACUGAUUUGUCCUGUGCCAUUCCAAAGCACGACGUCGACAAGUGCAUUCCAAGAUCGAAUGAUGAGUUUUACGAGGAGGCCAUGAGCAGCUUUACUGGAGAUUGCAUAAAGCGUUAUAGGCCAUAGUAUUAUUUGGUGUAAAGUGUAACUUUUAAAUUAAAUUGUGAGCAGUUCGUCACUUGAACAUGAACUCGUAUUUUCCACGUGAACUGUUUUCAAUAUCUUAUACUUUUAAUCGAUAUUUAAAAAGUUCGAAAUCCUUUGAUUAUACAAAUCGUGAUAAAAGGCGAUGAGUCAUGCAUAACUUAGUUUGAAUUAAGGUAUAUACUUUUGUUACUUAUAUUUAAAGUAUAAAACGAUUACUAACAGUGUCAUUCAUUGGCAGCAACUAAUCUCCCACUCCACAACUAUCUAGAAAUGUGCAUCAAUUAAUAAUGUCUACAAUAUAAAGGGUGUUGCCAUUAAAAUAAGAAAGUUGAUAGCGGUUACUGCUACAUGACACCCUGUAUAAAAAUUUUGAAUGUACCAUUAACGCUUGGACACGCCAGCUGUUUCAGAGGACAGUGCGUCCAAAAUAAGAAUGAACAUCAGCGUGGAGAAACCGGAAACCAUAAGAGAUACACAGUCCGUUAAAUUAGAUAAAAAGUUGCGUAUUUUAGGGCUUAGUAAAAUGAUGUUUUAAAAAUUCGGAAAUUCGGAUCUCUUUCCAAAAUGUUCGAAAUUGACCAUAUACGUGUUUAUUUGUUUCUGAACCUAUUUGAAAAGAUACCAAAAAACUACUAACAUUUAUAGCAACCAUUUUUUUGGAAGAUGAGCUUUUCUUACGUGGAGUCAUAGACGCGAAGGAUCAGAACCAACCGCAACCGUCUGCUUGAUAUGAAUUAUUGAUUCUUAUUGAGUGUUAAUUACGGUUUUAGUAUACGAAUCACCCGAGUGUCAAACGUUUGGUAUUGCUACAGCAAUAUUUAUGUGCGGCGCUAUUCACUAUCCCCCUUGUUUGUUUGUGUUAUUAUCUGUUACAGAGAAGGCAAAAAAGCGACCUUCUGAGUUCAAAAGGCCGCUAGAACCAGAGUGCAAAAGGUAUUUUUUUUUAUUUUCGUCUACUUCUUUAUAUAAAGUUUGAUACCGGUUUUCGAUACAAUUAAUUAAUAUAUGUGUUUGAUAGUCAUAUUUAUUUUCUGCGGAAGCCUGUUGUAAUUUUAAUACUUUCCCUGGCUAAGAGGUAAUCCGCUUUUUGCUUAGAAUUGAUUUAAAUUCAAAUAUUGACCAAUUUUCAGAACUGGAUAUUAACAGUGUCCUA